AUGGAGGUGGAGGACCGGGGGGAGGUGGAUGAUGAUGAGGUGGUGGUGCGAAAGGUGGAGGAGGAUGGGGAGGACCCGGAGGUGGUGGAUGAGGAAAGAAUUCAGGACGCGGAGGAGGCGGAGGCGGAGGAGGGCUUAGGUAUGGUGGCGGUGGUGGCGGAGGAGGAGCAAAAGGGUCCGGCGGACGUGGCGGAGGCGGGUGUCUGUGAAAUGGUAAAUACGUGUACAUUUUUCCUUAGCCAUGAAGAAUCCAACGGCUACGCUAUACUUGCUGUCAGACGAGUUAUGAUCGAUGCAAUUAAGGUGGAGGAGGACGAGGGUGAGGCCCUGGCGGAGGCGGUGGACCUGGAGGUGGAGGAUGAGCAAAUGGAGGAGGGGGACCAGGAGGAGGGGGUCCUGGAGGUGGCGGCCGGAAGGAGGAGGGUGGAGGUGGCCCUGGAGGCCCCGGUGGCGGAGGUGGCGCAAAGGGAUCCGGUGGCGGAGGACGUGGAGGCGGGGGACCAAAGGGGUCUGCUGGUGGAGGGGGAGGAGGAUGCCUGUGAUGAGGCAUUUCCUUUAGAAUUCUUUGAACAGAAAGGAAUUAUGUGA